AUGCCAGUCGUUAUCUUGGUAAAAGAAGUGACUUCCACCACGCAGGAGGCAAUUGCCAACAAGUGUUGCUAUACCGCUGCUGCUACUUUGAUAUUCUACGAACAUUGGAUAACCUUUUCCGACGAAGUCAAUCUGGUCUGGACAAGCAAAUGGACUACUGCUACUAUAGUCUUCAUGUGUAAUCGUUCUCUACUCGUCAUACUCGGGUUCACCUAUGUUCUGCACGUCCUGUCAUGGGACACUCAAGCGGACUUUAGAGCUGCUAGCUGUGAACUUAUCGCGAUACUGGAAGAUGCCGUAGUGUUGGCGACGGUAGUGGUCAUAUCAAUAUUUUCUGCUUUGCGUGUAUACGCUAUCAGCAUCCAUAAUUGGGUACUCGCCUCGCUGGUCUUUCUCUUGAGCAUCGCCCAGACAGGUAUUAUCAUUUAUGUCUUAUCGACGACGUCAGAAGCGUCUGUAAGAGCCUUAGAUGGUCUUGCCGCAUGUGUGGGGCACACACCGAUUCCUCCAGAGACGCAGCAAAAUACUUUUAAACUCGCCAGAGAAGCCCGUCGCUUUGGCACAAAGGCAAAAUUAGUACAAUUGUUGCUGCGAGAUGGCACGCUCUACUUCGUAGCACUUCUAAUCGUGAAUAUACUGGAACUUUCUGUCGAGUACGGUUACACGGACCCAGAGUCUGACGGUACCUAUGUGUCGCCACUGCGGUUAUCUGCAGAUAGCUUGAUACCACAAGUUGAUAUUCACCUGAGCUCAAUUGGUGGCCUCAGUAUGGCCAGCUUCGGAUCCAGGCUUAUCGACAUCCUGGGUGCUGACCUAGACUUCGAGUCAUCCGCUGAAAUUGAUGAUUCUGGCCGGGAACAAACGGGAGACGCGGGAGAUUGCGACAGAGAUCGGGGCAGUCUCAUAGAAAUGCAGGUCCGUGUAACGGGUGCGAGGCGACAGCAGGGGUCAUAA